UUUUUAAUGGAAACUUGGUUCUUUCUCGAGUGGUAUGUAGUGUGAGUUAGCACCGUCUGAAAUGAUCGUGGCCAGAGUUCUGACAAAAAGAAGGGCAAUCGACAUAGCACGUUGGGAGGAAAUUCUUUCAAAGGUUGCCCAGAGAAGGUGUGGAGGUCUUGCUUGGGAGCCAAGGGCCCACGCCCACAGCCACCAUGAGGCGGUGAGCGUGAUGUCACAGUGGGUGUCAGAGUGCAGCCAUUGUGACGCGUGAAGCUUGGAGUAGAGCACAGGCUGGCGGGCUCAGCGCAAGCGUCAGUGCGGCCUGGUGAGGCGUGGAGAGAGCAGGGUCUCUUGCAGUGCUCACCGUCGACGCAAAUGAUGUAUGCUAGGAAGCGGAAGUUGUCUGACUCUCAGGAGCCAGCGUGCGUGCUGUGUGGCCGGGGAGAUGUUGACCGAAACAUCUUUGGCCGCACAUUUGACCAGAUUUGGUUUUGGGUCCACGAGUUCUGCUUGCUUUUUGCCAACAUCUCUUUUGAUGAAAGCUCCACACAGGAGGGAACUGUGGGCAUUGACCCAGCUGCCCUCACACGCAAAGUCAAGCAGGCAAACCAGAAGCAAUGCUGUGUUUGCGGCGAGAGGGGGGCUGCCAUCACAUGCGCACAGGGCGGCUGUGAGCGCAGCUUUCAUCUGCCCUGUGCCAAGGACGGACAAUGCGUCACCCAGUUCUUUCGAGAGCACAGGUCCUUCUGCUGGGAGCACCGCCCUCGACAGACCGCAGUGACAGCUCCAGCAAGAGGCACCACCUGUGUCAUCUGCCGGCAGACCGUGGGGAACGUUGCAUCCUACCACACCCUGGUGUGCCCAGCGUGCAAACAUGCCUGGUUCCACCGGGCCUGCGUCCAGCAAAAGGCCUUGAAUGAAGGCAUUGCAUGCUUCCGGUGCCCUGCCUGCCAAGACGGCGCUCAGUACCGUAUUGAAAUGUCCAUCCUAGGGAUCCGAAUCCCGGACAGAAGACCAGAGCGGGAGGACAAUCGUGCAUCCACAGCGGUUCUACAGAGGCACGGGCACUGCGACGCCGUCAUCUGCUUUUGCGGUGGAGGCAGGGAUCAGGCAGAAGAAGAGGGGCCCUGGCAGCUGGUCCCGUGCAGCUCCUGUGGAGCGCAGAGCACCCACCAAGAAUGCUCCUACUCGAGCAUCAGAAUGAACAAGUGGGACUGCGACAGAUGUGCUGGCCUGGGUACCGCCUCCAGCACCAUCGCGCAGCUCGCUGCCCUCAGCGCUGCCAGCCAGCAGGGCCUGGAGCCAUCCCACAGCCCCCAGGAGCCUGAGGACAGCUGCUCCGGCCCCACCAUCCAGCCAGCGUCGGGGCCAUCCCACACUUCCCAGCUGCUGGAGCUCAGCUGCCAGACCAGCGUGCUGGGCAUAGAACAUGGGACAACCUGCUCAGCUUUUCCUGACCAUCAGGACGCACCUGAGCAGUGCCAAGCACGCUGUGGGAGCAACCAUACAGCCACCCCCAGCACUGGAAGCAGCUCCCGCCCAUCCACCGCACAGGGCACUUUGGGAUCCUCCAGAGCAGCCACAGCGGCUGCGCGCAGGAGGCGUCCCAGGCAGCGCGGAACAAGCCGGACACGGAGCCGCUCCCCGCUGCAAGGUCGGGCCCCACCUUCCCAGAGCCGGACCAGAAGACCUCAGCGCAGCAGGCGAACACCAUCUCCAGCUGCUCAGAAGAGAACUCGCAGCACCAGCAGACCGGCGACGCGGAGGACCUUGAGAGCUUCCCUGCGUCCAGACAGAAGGGAAUGGCCCAGGCAGUUAGGGGAGGCCCGCAUGCGAAGCCAUUCCUCAGUGGCACGUCGAGUGCCACAUGUCCACAGCCGGCACUGA